GUCUGUGAUUUCUAACCCGUGUUUGGCUGCUGACAGAGCCGCGCUAAUCUCCCUCCCUCCCCCCGUUGACCGGCUGUCUCACCCGGUAACGUCACGACACUGAAACCAAAGGAAUGCGACACGCUUCGUGUUUCCGAGCCCACGGCCGCUCCACUCGGUUCCGCCGCUUCCACGGUUAAUGUCGCGGCUUCCCAGCUGGAUUCCUCCGCGGAAACGGAUCCGGUGCUGGUUCGCUGGACUCGGUUCUGGUUCGGGUUCAUAAUCUGAUGCUAGCUUGCAGCCGUUGCCACCAUGUUUGCCAAAAAGAAGAAGUCUCGAAUCCAGAUCUCUGCUCCGUCCAACUUUGAGCAUCGUGUCCACACGGACUUUGACGAGCAGGAGCAGAAGUUCGUGGGGUUGCCGCGCCAAUGGCAGUCCCUCAUCGAAGACACGGCCAAGAGGCCAAAGCCUUUCAUCGAUGUGACGGUCAUCACUACCGUAGAACCGCGAAAGACGAUCGUACGAGGCACGAAGGUGGGAGCAGACGGCUCUUUAACGUGGCUGCUGGACGAGUUCGACACCAUGUCCGUAACUCGAUCGAACUCCCUGCGGCGAGGCAGCCCCCCCACUCAGCCCCGCAGGGAUUCCAGCUCCGCAGGUGGAGAGCAGGAGAACGGCGACCCCCGACACAGGCACCACCCAGACAGGGACAGACUGAGGCAGGACUACCCGGGCGGAGGGGACCCGCAGCACGGGCAGCGUGGCGUCCAGCCCAGGGACGAGGGCGGGCAGGGCCGGCCCCAGCAGCAGCCGAGGGGCCAGGAGCCCAGCAGGGCCUACAGGGAGCGGUCCGGCUCGGGACAGCAGCCUCGCAGAGACCCCCGGGACCGGGACCAGGACCAGGUGAUCCGCCGGGACCAAGCCAGCGACCACCGGCCCAAGUCCAGCUAUGCGGCGCGUGAGGGCAGCCCCACGUCUCCGAGGGACAAGAGGCCGCUGUCGGGACCCAACAUCCGAACGCCCAACCUGCCGGUGACCGAAGGCGUGAUGAAGACAGCCCAGCAGAACACGCGGCCGUUCAACACGUACCCGAGAACGGACAGCGACGGAGGACGCAGUCCGACGGGACAGGUGGUGCGUCACCAUGAGUCUUCCCCCCAGAACGGGCCCACCAGCAGCUCCACCCGGGAUUCCUCCAAGCCCCCAGUCAGCCUCCCUCAUUCCCACCACGCAUCCCACCCCAUCCUGACCCCGGACUCCUCCCAGCUGCCGCACACUCCCCACCCCAACGUGCCGGCCCCGCGGCCCCCCGUGCCCGCGGCGGCCCCGGGGUCGGGCGCGGCGCCGCAGGGCCGCUCCCCGCAGCGGGAGCCACAGAGGGUUUCCCAUGAGCAGUUCAGAGCGGCGCUGCAGCUGGUGGUGGAUCCCGGCGACCCGCGGACCUACCUGGACCACUACAUCAAGAUCGGCGAGGGAUCCACAGGAAUCGUGUGCAUCGCAACGGUGAAGACGACGGGGAAGCUGGUGGCCGUGAAGAAGAUGGACCUGAGGAAGCAGCAGCGCAGGGAACUUCUCUUCAACGAGGUGGUGAUCAUGCGGGACUAUCACCAUGACAACGUGGUGGAGAUGUACAACAGCUACCUGGUGGGCGACGAACUCUGGGUGGUCAUGGAGUUCCUGGAGGGAGGAGCGCUCACCGACAUCGUGACGCACACCAGGAUGAACGAGGAGCAGAUCGCCACCGUGUGUCUGUCGGUGCUGAAGGCGCUGUCUGUCCUGCACACUCAAGGCGUGAUCCACAGAGACAUCAAGAGCGACUCCAUCCUGCUGACUCAUGAUGGCCGGGUGAAGCUGUCAGACUUCGGUUUCUGCGCUCAGGUUUCUAAGGAAGUCCAGCGGAGGAAGUCUCUGGUUGGAACGCCGUACUGGAUGGCACCAGAGCUCAUAUCCAGGCUGCCGUACGGACCAGAGAUCCGGCGAUCUCAGUCCUUGUACACUCACCACCGCUCUUCUCAUGCCUUCGUUGCUGGCUGCCACCAGGCCCCGCUCGAACGUCAAUCGGGACCAGGAUUACAGCACCAUAAGGGAGACUACAGCCGUUCAUCAAGACUACUUCUCCCCUCGUUUUUGGGCUACAGGUAG